UUUUUUAUAAUCACUUGUCAAAAAUGCAUUGAACGAAGUGGCAGCGUCAUGUGAUGAAAUAAAAUUAUUUUUUUACGAAACCUCCUCUACGUUUAUGUGCAUUAUAUAGAAGUUACGGGUGAUGUUCACGAUCGGGAUAUUGGUUAUUGUCGGAAAUAGUGUUAUUGUGCCACUAUUUUGCGAUAUUCGUUGACACUAGUUUCCACGUGGUGAACGUCAGAAUCGGUCGACGUGUUAAUACUUGUCGCCGUAUUCCUUGUGCCUGAUAAAUUUAUUUGAAGUGAUGGAGACCUUGAACAUGGCGAAGCUGAAUUUAUCAAGUGUGCGAAGCAAUACCUCGAUGGACAAAGUUCCUAAAGCGGAGACAUCUGAUGCCAAAUCGGAGCCAAUAACGCUUACUGACCACGAAGAAGACUACCAUUGCGAGUACGUCGACGACAUAUGGAAGAGCCUGCUCGAGCAGGAAGCUGAAAGGACCACCAUACAUCUGCAGUCACCACAGCUAGAGUUCCGCGGCACGCUGGUGCAGCAGCUGCGUGACGUGACCAAGAAGCUCGGGCUGACGAUAGCAACGCUGCACUCGGCCGUGGCCCUGCUCGACCUGUUCAUGGACGCGCAUCGCCUCCGAGCGGACAGAUUGACGCACGUGGCGCUCGCGUGUCUCAGCCUUUCGGCAAAAAGCGAAGAGAAGUUCAGCAGAGCGCCAACACUAAAGACUUUAGCCAAGAUCAGCGGCGUGCAGCUUUGUGGCAAGACGUUCAGGCAACUGGAGUGGAUGGUGGGCCAACACGUGCGAUGGAGGUUAUUGGCGCCAACCCCCGUGACCUUCGCAGCGCUUCUAGCGCGGUAUGUGGUCACCGACGCGGAUCUCACCACUAGACACCCGAAAUUCGUGAGGCGCUUCAAGCGGGACGGGGCUAGGAUGCUCGAGGCUUAUCUGGAUUUGACGCUUUCUGACGUGCGGCUGAAGGUGGUGGAGUGCGUCGAAGUGGGAUGCGCAUGCGUGGCGUGCGCGCGCGCAGAGCUGGGCCUGUGCGCGUGGCCCGCCUGGCUCGCCGCGCGCGCCGGCCGCCAGCCCGCCGCCGUCGCUCCCGUCGCGCGCCUGCUGCAGCGAAUGAUGCAAAUACUCAAGUCACGUGACUCUACGGAAUCUGAAGUGGAUCAAGGGUACAGCAGCGCGAGGACAUCUCCGAACCUGACUCCGUGCACGUCACCAAGUCUCCACGUAUCGCCGGCAUCCAGCACGUCAAGCCAUUCGUCCAGAAACAUCGACUACCGCCAACGGCCGAUAGAACGAACCGAAAGUACGUACUCGAUACUAGAUUUGGACGAGUCGAAUUUGCCGAACGUUAAUAUACAAGAUUACUUUAGGAUACCAACGGUCGAUCCGUUGCAGAGGGUCAAUAAUCCAGUUGAGUACAGGUAUUGUAGGUCCCGUAGACUUAUCGACGCUAGUUUAGACCCUGUGCCAACUACUAGUGUGGCGGUCAAACGAGGUCUCGAGUCCAACGCAGAAUUAGAGAGGAAACGGUAUCGAUUGACCACGCAGAUGUCUCAAGUUGUUCUAUGAUUAUCUAGUCGGUGUCACAUUCGUGGAUUGUUCAUUCUGUUCAAUAUAAAUGUCGAUGAAGACCGCUUGUAUACAGGAAGAAGACCGCUUGGAAGUUUAUUCAAUGAUCGAAAAGGUGGUAAGUUGAUUUUUGUGUCUACAAUAUGUGUUUCAAAAUCUGGUCUGAUAUAUCUGGUUUGUACUACAAUAUUUACAAUUUUAUGAGAGUGGCUUAAGGUCGCCAUUUUGACAGCCUUCAAAACGCAGCUGACUAAUCUGGGCUGCGAAAUUAGAAGCUACGGGUUCCCAACUUUACUGCCUUUGAGGAUUUUCUAGUAAAAAAUUCAAAACAAAAUUCACGAAUGUGGACACAGUCUGUGUGCACUUCAAAUGUUUAAAACUGAAUAUUGUAUCCUUUCGCUUAAUUAUUUAGUCCCAUGGAGUGCACACAAUAGUUUAGGCUACUGCAAAAUUCCAUUGUUAAGGAUUUUAUUGCGCCGCGAUUAAAGGAUUGCUUUAAAUCGCAUGUACGUGUAAGAAAGAACUGGCAACACAGGAAAAUUUAUAUCCUCUCGUACGUACUGAUCUUGUUUAUCGAUAUUGCAAAUUCUAUGUUCUUUCUAUUCUGAAGUAUGUAUUUUGAGUCGAAUUUUUGGGACCAAUCAUAUAUUUUUUGUUCUUGUUUAUUUUGUCUUUCAAUAAAUCACAUCUAUCAAUAUUAUAGUGUCCCUGGUUCAGUAAAAUUUCGGUUUUAUUCCAUUAUAUUAAAUACCAUUUUAUAAAAAAAAGUAUUUUAGUACAAGAGGUUUAUCGAUGUUCUUUCUUGCACACAAUAUAAUUGUAUUGUAGCAAUAAACAAUUGAGAUGUCGAUAAGUUAUGACAGGCUGUGCAUGUUUAAUUUUCGUUAAACGAAAUACCGAGUAAAGUUCAAUAUUUAUUGAUUUAUCGUAGGUGACAUCUCGAUUGUGCAUUUUUACUACUUUAGAUUGUAGUUAGUUAACAAAUUGAUGGGGUCGAAUUCGCCGGUCGAGACUCGAAUGUACAACGUUUUUUGACAGCUGUUUGACAUGAAAUUGACCUCUACGUAGCUAUAUAUUAAAUUUAAAAUCGUGUGAACAUACAUGUGACCUCCCCUAUAUUGUCAUUUAUCGAUAUUUGAAUAUCGAUAGUCUGGUUGGUUAGUGAAUUAUGUUAUCGAGAUUUGCGAAUUAUGCAGCUAUAAAACCUUACUAAAUUUUACAGUAACUUCUAUGAUAAUCCGGAAUGUGUGUUAAAAAAUGGUCUUAUGAAUAUGAAUGAUUUUAUCGAUAACAUUAUCAGUAUUAUAACGCUGACAACCAAAACCUUUCAAAUGUGCGCCAUCUUUGUUUUAAUCAAAAUAUAUUUUUCCCAACACUCAUUCAUUUAAUCAAUAAAGAAGAUCUCUCCUUUGAAAGGUCGGUAACGUACCCACAAUUAUUUUUGGAUUAUCGAUAUUUUUGUGCGAUUUAAUUUACUUGCCGUCAUGUAACAGUAGAUCGCGAGCCGGCCUAUUACCAUAAAAUAAUCUAGAAAACAAAGAUAAAGAUAAAGAGAGCGCGUGACGUAUAGGGGAUAUGUUUCACGUUUGUGUUCACUCGUAUAUGACUGCCUUAAAAAGGAAUGACGAUUGACGAUGGUGGCCAAAGCUGAUUUUGACGAUCAUUCAUUUCCUCGUACAUUAGAUAGCUAUUUUUUUUAUUUUAUGUUCGUUAAGGCGACUCUGAAUCUUUUCUGUGUCAAAAAUAUCUACUUUCUAAAAUUUGUUAUAUUGUAAUUUAUGCAGGACAUUUUGAACGUUUUCUAUAGAAAACCUCGUUUUGAUGUAUUUUUUUAUAAUAAUUGUCUUUACAACGCCUUGAAAUAGAGUCGCCUUAACAUUUUAGUGUUAUUUUUUAUAGAAACAUCAUUAUACUUAGCGACGGUUAUGAUAGAUUUGUCGACUGUUGAAAUAUCAUUUAUCGAAUUUGUUUCCUACUGACAAAUGCUGUAUCGCGUUCGAUUGUGAUUUCAUUCGAUUUAAUUUACGUCGAAUCACCAAUCUAUGUAAACGUUAUUUUUGCAAUGAAUACGAACUGUUAAUCUCAUUUUUAUAAGUUUUCAUAUCAAUUGUUAACUGUAAUUCGAAUAGAAAUGACAAAUGUUACCGUUUAGAAGUUAUAUAUUUCCAGCCUAUCGAAUCGCAGUUUUACUCUAUGUAAAGCUAUUCUUUUUUCUCAUUAAUAACGCAUUGGACCUUCGUAAAUAAAUUCUAUCGGUAACAUGUAGAUUUUAGUUCGAUAUUUUUUUUCUUUAUAUUCUGUUGGGAAAUUCUGUGAAGUAUGUAACAGCACUUUCCAUUUUGUGUUAUAGUUUUUAAUAAUAAAAUUGUAAACGAAACGUUAGGCGCUGCUGCGGUUUCAUUGUUUGUAAGUGACGCGUUAUGGAAUAGAAUCUAACUUGUUCACGUUAGUCCAAUUUUAGGUGAUUUUGUUAAUUUAUUUUUUUAUUGUGAAAUGGAUGAUUCCGUUCCAUUACUCGAUAGUUGUCUGGUUUCCAGUUAGAGGGAAAGAGAUAGUUGUAUGAUCUUAUAAAGAAAAACUAUUUGCUUUUCUUUUAGAUAACGCUCCAUAUUUAUGAUUAAGGGUGGGUCUACCUAGUACUUAGCAAAAAUGUACAAAACAUAAUUGCAUAGCGAUUUUUACUUUGUUUGAUUAAGCUUUAAUAUUUUAAAAUAUAAUGCGGCUUAUAAAUAUAAUAUUUGAAAUGAAUCCUUCCAAGUUAUUUUAUGUCUAGUUACUCGACUUCGAUUUUUUUUCUACCUCAUGUUUUAUCGAUAAUCUAAGUUUAUCGAUAUUAAAAUUAUCAUAAUAGUUCUAUAUCGAUACGUACAUUGUUAAUAUUUAAUUUACUCGCAAUAAGUUUCUUUUUCUCUAAACUGGAGACAAACAGAUUUUGUUAUGGAAAGGUUGAUAAUGUCUCGCAUUCUACCAAAAUUUAUAAGUUACCAUUUAAUUUUCGAGUACAUUGUGUCAAAUUUAAUGGAAAUAUAUUAAUUUUAAAUUCGAGGUCAGUCACGACGUCAGUUUAAAAGUAUGUGUUUAUCAGUGCUUCCUCGUAUUGUAUUUUUAAAUCAAUUACACUAUUCUUUUCAAAUAAACUUCUAUGAAUAUUACUCUUUUAUACAAAUACAACCUUCCUAAAGUCUGUUGAUUUUUAUCUAAAUAUUCUAUGAAUAAAAUAUGUUAUGAUUUAGUUAAAUUAUAUGGUGUAUGAUUGUUGUCGAAAUAGUAAGUCUUGUGUUAUUUUAAAGAAAAACCUGUAUUUAAAUAUAUCUGUAGCCAUAAUACCGUUAGAUUGGGAUCAUGCGCCAUUUGCCUAAAGAAAUUUGAACUGUAUUAAUGUUUGUUAGCCAAAAUUGAACUCAAUAUUCAGUUGUGUUUGGUGUAAAUUUGUAAUUUUAGAUGCUGGAUAAUGUGUGUGAAAUGUGAAGACUGAAGGCAUUGUGAAUGUUGCCAGGGAUGGUGUUGGACUGAAUUGAAAUAUAAUUUUGUACUCGGAAAAAAUAAUUAUAAAGACGCAUUAUAAACCUUGAAAUAAAUAUUUUACUUCUGUA